GCCAGCCGUGCUGCUGGCCUGUGAGCUGCAAAGAUGCACUAAAAAGCUACUGAGUCCUCCACGUUUUUGCAGAGGAAUUGGUCCCCUUUUUCUACGGAGUUCCGCGUGGAGUGUGUCACGCCCGUGGAUCGAGUCGCAGUGACGGUGGGAUGUGCCAUGAGCUGUCAUCACUUUCCUGUCGGCCCCUAAUUUCGUCAUGUCUGCCCAUCACCUCUGUGUCUUGGUCGCCCCGCGUCUCACGCCACUCUCGUCCAAUCGGCUGCUGGGAUGCACGUGAUGGACAGCGCCUCGCCGGCCAAUGACAGCAAGGCACUCUCUUUCCUGGAGGACAGAACUAAUAUGGAGGGACCACCGCCGCCGCCGCCGCCUCCACCGCCACCGCCGCCGCCACCUCCUCCUCCCCCCUUGCUCCCCACACCGGGAGACCCCACAGGAGGCCUGAGGAGCAAGAAGAGGGUGAGAAGCUUCUUCUGGAAAACCAUCCCAGAGGAGCAGGUAAGGGGACGCGCCAACCUUUGGACUCAGGGGCGGGUGCAGCAGCAGUACGAGAUCGAUGCCCAAACGGUGGAGGAGCUUUUUGGCCAAUCGAACACUAAGACCGUGCCCACCAGGGGAGGGAGGGUCCGCAGCUCACUACGGGAGACGAAGGAUGUGGUCUCCAUCAUGGACACCAAGAGGGGCAUGAACGUGGCCAUCUUCCUCAAGCAGUUCAAGAGGUCCAAUCAGGCCAUCGUUGACGACAUCCGCCGUGGCAACAGUGAGCCGUAUGGGGCGGAGCCUCUGAGAGAGCUGCUGAAGCUGCUGCCCGAGACGGAUGAGGUGGAGAAGAUGACUGCAUACCACAGCGACAUCUCCAAGCUCUCAUUUGCCGACGCCUUUGUGUACCUGCUGAUUCAACUCCCCAGUUACAAGGAACGCAUCAAGGCCAUGUUGUUGAAGGAGGAGUUUCCCAGUUCAUGCGAGGCCCUGAGGGCUGACGUCUGCGCACUUCGCUCGGCAACGAAAGAGGUGCUGGGCUGCCAGGAACUGCACGCCGUUCUCCACCUGGUGCUGCAGGCCGGGAACAUCCUGAACGCCGGGAGCUUUGCUGGCAACGCGGCGGGCUUCAAGCUGUCGUCCCUCUUGUCUCUGGCCGAUACCAAAGCCAACAAACCGGGGAUGAACCUGUUGCACUUUGUGGCUCUGGAAGCUAAGAAAAAAGACGAGAAGCUGUUGGAAUUCCCGUUGAAGUUGCGUCACGUUCGGGCUGCGUCCAGGAUCUCCUUGGAGACGCUGGACAACGAACUGCAGUGGCUGACGUCCCGCACGCACGCAGUGGAGGAGGGCGUCCAGAAGAACAUGGAGCUCCUGCAGCAGCUGGACAGCUUCCUGCAGCAUGCAGCGGCGUCGCUGUGCUCGCUACGCGGCGACAGACAGCUUUUGAAGCAGGAGGCCGGGGACUUGACCGAGUUCUUCUGCGAGGACAACCAGACGUUCCGCCUGGACGACUGCUUAAGCGUCCUGCAGAGUUUCUGCUGCAAGUUCACAGACGCCGUCAAGGACAACAAAGAGCGAGAAGCGAAGGAAGCGGCUCGUCGCAGUCGGUUACAAGUGUCGGAGGAGCUGAAGAGACAUUCCUGGGCUGGUGGCGAGGAGGUGGGCGGAGCCAUCGGCGUGCACUGCAGCAGCGAGACGGACCUUUCGGCAGCCAUAUUGCCCGACGACAAGGCCAGCAUGCUCUUGGAGCUCCUCUCGCCAAAGUCCUGCUCACUGUCCAGCAGCUUGUGUUCCCCUCGGGCACGCACAGGGAGCUUGCGACGAUCCCGACACUCGUCAUCCACCUCACCCUCGCUUGCCAUUGACCGGGAAUUGACGACACUCGGAUUGGCAACCGUAAAACACCAGGAGCCUACGGGCUCACACUCCGCCCCUCACACGCCACCCUUGACAGAAAGCCACCCUCCUCGCCGUACAACAACAAAGCAUGCCGCAAACCUCAACAAUCAUCUGACACAUGUCAGCCAAGAGGACGCCAUCUCCGACUUGAACAAUAACGGGAAAAAUGACCUCAGUUCGGCCUUUGCCGCCAAGGCGUCACUUUCGGAACUUGGCGAGCGCCGAAUGUCUUCAGCGGUUGGCGAUGACAACGUCAGCACGGCUAACAAUAACAUGGCUGUGCUUGUAGAGAAGCGCUCGCUGGUUCCUGAACUGAAGGCCUUCAACGAGGUCGCCGCCAAGACUGCCCGCUGGGCAGAAGACGUGUCGCACAGCAGCGCUGGUCUCCACGGCGACCAGGAGGACGUCGCCAUCACAGAUGUGCAGGAGGAUGGCGACGAGAAGGUUGUCGUGUGGUGCGUGACAGGCGUCUGCAAGGCGGCAAGCGAAAAAAUGGUCAAGUCCGCCUCCUCAGCCCUGGCCAAUCACAAACCCUCUAAACCAAAGCAUUCAACCAAUAGUAAGCCAGAACCCAUCAAGAGCCAACCAGUGCCUUCCUCACCACUCGCCGUCGCCCCCGUAACUCCUCCCACGACGUCCGAUCUCGCUACCCGGCAAGAAGCGGCUGGACGAGAGGCAGCAUCGCAAAGGUCCACCAAUCACAAUGCUGCACGGUCGACAGGUGACAAGCGCAAGAAGGCGGCGUCUUGUCACGUGACCAAAGAAGCAGCGCCCACUAAGAGCUUCAUCACUACCUCCAAAACUGGGGUCAAACCCAAACAGGUGCGCACCCUCAACAGCACGGAGACCCAGAACAUGAGGAGGGUGGUUCCUAUCUCCAGGACCAAUAGAGGAACGCCAGCCCCUCAAAAGCCCCCUGGAGAGAAGCCCUCCACUGCACCUUCAUCCCGACGCUCCAGCCUCUUAAAGGAGUCAAAGGAACAAAAACUUCCAGGUGCUCGGAAUCAAGACUUGCAGAGGAAGACGCCGGUCCGAAAGUCGGAGGAAAAAAUGUGCCGCUCCACUUUGCGGGCCCUCGGGAGCGGGGCCAGUCUGAGUGCUCCUGCCACACCUCUACAUAAAGGCACCACCCCUUCAUCAAACCCCAGUUUCACUCGAAGCACAGCUUCUUCGUCUAUUAGGAGGACAAAAGCCGCCCUUCCUCAACCCAAUGUCCCCAAAUCUGCCCCUUUGUCUAGCCCCGCCACCUCCUUCACCAGAACGACUUCCCUCAGAGUCACCAAGACCACCUCCAGACCUACAGGUCACCCUGACCCCUCCUCCUCCUCAUCGUCUUCCUCCUCCUCGCUGCUGAAGAAGACUGAGAGCAGCAGUGCACCCCGAGACUCUCUCUCGCCCCCUAAAGGCCACAAGCGGAUUAGCAGCAGCAGCUCCUCCAUCAAGGAGUCUGCAAAGCCCAGCAAGCCCGGCUGGAGGUAGCACAUUUUCUUCUGUUGGACUGAAUUUAAAAUAGAGCACAGUCUAUCUGUGUGUAACUUUAAUUAAAAAAAAUAUAAUGCUGCUAUAUUUUCAUGUGGCUCUUCUGGGAAAAUAAAAAAAAUAUUCUUUGUUUAUAUUUAAAAAGUGACACCAUGAAAGCGCCUUGUUUUUUUUAAGUGACUGAUGUCUGACCUGACUUUACCGACAUGUUCUUAAAUAUUAUAGUAGUGGAACUUUCACUGAACAUCAUGUAGGUCUGGUUAUAAAUGUCUCAGGGGAACUACUGGAUCGCCAUGUUUGAAUUAUAAAAAAAGGUACUAUAAUGCCUAUCCAUCCAUCCAUCCAUCCAUUUUCUACCGCUUAUUCCCUUUUUUUUGGGGUCGCGGGGGGUGCUGGAGCCUAUCUCAGCUACAAUCGGGCGGAAGGCGGGGUACACCCUGGACAAGUCGCCACCUCAUCGCAGGGCCAACACAGAUAGACAGACAACAUUCACACUCACAUCCCUAAUCGUUCAUUAUUACAUAUUUGUAUGAUAAAUAUGGACUUGAACCAUUAAAUCAGGGGUGUCCAAACUGCAUGCAUGAAAAUUAAAAGGGAGGGAGCACUUUGAUAUGUUUUGUACGUUAAAAAUACUAAAACCAUCGCCAUCCUGGCUUUGUUUUGACAAAGUGACAAAGCAAAUUAGUGUCAUAUGUAUUAACAAAAGCAUUGUAAAAAAUAAUACUACAAUAUCGUAUAAAUAAUUAUUAAUUUAUUUAUUGUAUUUUAAAUAUAAUGAGGGCCAAAUUUAAAAAAAGGUUGCGGGCCAAAAAUGGACUUUGGACACCCCUGCACUAAAUUGUAGCCAACCUGUGCGUAUC